GCGCGCGCAUUUUCCACACACUUCCGCGUCGUUUUUCCGCGAGGAAUCGUCGGUCCCGCUGGAAGAAGAGAAGGCAACGGCUGAUGUAUUUCUUCGUCGCGGUGCCCGGUGCAUUGACCGAACACGCGAUAAGCCAAUUAAUUAGGCUGAUGUGUAACGUUUGCGGGUAUCAUCGAUUCGUAUCAAUCGGUCGAGUUUGAACAGGCUCGUCCAGCAUACAGGAUCCGGCGGGCGCGGGCGACUCGCGGCGAGAAGAAGACCGGAAGGUCUGCGGGCGCCGAGGAAAUAACAACAAGAAGCACCGCCAGGGACGGAGACGAGCAACGAGAUGCCGAUUGAUUGUUAUUACUUACCGCCAAGCCCACCCUGUCGCAGCGUCAUGUUACUCGCGAAAGCUCUGGGCGUUCGUUUCAACUUCAAGAUGCUGAACGUCAUGAAGGGGGAACACAUGAGCUCGAAAUUCUUGCAGAUAAACCCGCAACAUAUGAUACCGACUAUCGACGACAAUGGAUUUAUUCUGUGCGAGAGUCGCCCGAUCAUGGCAUACUUGGUCAGUAAAUACGCCAGAAACGAUUCUCUUUAUCCGAGAGAUCCGAAGCAGAGGGCAGUGGUCGAUCAAAUGAUGUACUUUGAUGCUGGCAGUCUCUACUCCAAUAUAGUAAAGUGUUACGUACCCGUAGCCCGAGGUCUGUCUCAUUCCGUUAACGAGGCAGAUCUGGAACGAGUGGAGAAAUCGUUCGAGGUGCUCAACUCUUUCCUCGACGGCAAGCAGUUUGCGGCGGGCGACGAUCUGACCAUUGCUGAUUUCACCAUCAGCACGUCUAUCUGCUUGGUGCAGUGUUUCGACUUCGACAUUAGCCGUUACGAUAACGUCGCCGCGUAUUACGAUCGCUGCAAGGAAAGUCUGGAGAAAUUCGGCUUCGAGGAGGUACACGCCAUCGGUGUUAAAACGUUUACCGAGAUGUACCACGCGAACCUGCAAGAAUCCAGUUAACGCGGAUACGACUAUGGAUAUUUGUGCGCGCCUAAAGAGUGAAGCAGAGAGAGAGAGAGAGAGAGAGAGAGAGAGAGAGGUGGGAGGGAAAGAUAAAGAGCGACGAAGGGGGAGAGAAAGAUCGAUAGUACCUCAUUUACCUGAGAUCGAGAUUAGACAUGGAAACCCAUCGUUACCUUAUAGAAUUUAAAAUUCGCUUCUUACCUUCGUGAGAUUUUCAGUCUCGAGUUUUUCACGACUUUAUUGCCGCGCAGAUCUAGCGACGAACAUCUCGGAAGAAAAUCGCUGCUAUAUAUUGCGUACACGCAGCUCAGCGGCAUCUUCUUGUAUUUACUUCCAUUGCAAUUAACAAUGUUUGAAACGGGAAAUCAAUGUUGAACGACCCUGUACGAGGAGCGUGCUGCGUUGUAAUAUCGCCCAAGUAAUUAUACUCUGCUUCUUCUGCUUCUGCCGUAUCAAGAGAUACAUGUGGUACAUCGAUCAAUUGACACGUUUGGAGAGAAAAAGAGGAACAUGGACACGCGAUGGAUCUAAUCGGAAUCUAAGCGCGUUGCCAGGACGUAUCCGAGUGAAAAAAUAAACGCAAUGACUGCUGA